GAGCCAUUCGUUCCAAGUUUGAAUUCAAAAAAGAUGUUUCACUGUUUCUGAUUCUUCGUCUUCGUUUAGUAGAAGCCACUCCAUCAAGUGUUCGUGAAAAUGCCAGAUAGAAACUCCUUCGUCCACACCCCACGAAGGUCGCCGAGAUUCUUCCCCGAACAACACCACAACACUCCCAACCCCAAAUCCGCAAAACGCACCGUUUCCGCCCAAAACUGCGCUGUUGCGUCGAGAAGAUCGCCGAGGCUGAACAAUGGGAUCGAUCUCAGACGAUCUUCCAGGUUGAACAAAGAGACAAGCGAUGAAAAAUUGAGAGCCGCCAGAGUGAAGGCUGGUGAUGCUGAAACGCAGGAAAACCGUGUCGUUUCGGAGGAGGGGUUUGGUGGAGGAGCGAAGAAGCGGGGAAAUGGGAAGAGACUUGAUGGUAAAACGCGGGAAAAUCGUGUCGUUUCGGAUGAGGGUUUUGGUGGAGGAGCAAAGAAGGGGGGAAAUGGGGAGAGGGUUGAAGUCAAAAUGGAAGAUAAUCGUGUCGUUUCGGAUGAGGGGUUUGGUGAAGGGAGAAAGAAGGAGAGAAAGAGGAAGCGGGUUGAAGUUAAAACGGAAGAAAAUCGUGUCGUUUUGGAUGAGGGGUUUGGUGGAGGAAGAAAGGAGAGGGGAAAGGGGAAGAAGAGAAAGCGCAAUGGUGAAGAAAUUGGGAAAGGGUGGACGGAGGAACAAGAGUUGGCUCUUGAAAGAGCGUAUUUGGCUGCAAAGCCUAGUCCACAUUUCUGGAAGAACGUUUCCAAACUGGUGCCUGGAAAGUCUCAACAAGAUUGCUUUGAUAGAAUUCACUGUGACUAUAUGACACCACCUCAAUCUCAGCCUCGAUCGAGGGCAAAGGCAUUGCUGUCAUCGCCCCUUCAUGAAUUCUCUUUAUCUGCUAGUAAACUUCUCAAACCUGUUCCUAAAACAGUUAGAAAAUCUAAUGUUCUAAAACCAAAGAACAUUAUUACCCAGAAGUCCGUUGAGAAGCUGUUACAGCGCCAUCUUAAGGUUGAUCUAACCCGUGACGGGGACAUAUUUUCUGUUCUUGAACCAAACAUUGAAUUUUCUACUAAUGCUUUACAGCCUAGUGAAUCACUUUCUACUCCGAAGCAGCAAAAGGAAAACAAAGGGUUCCUGCAAAUUUGCACUGAAACAUCAUCUUCAAUCCAUAAGAAGCCGCUUUCAAGAUUUAGUGGCUCGCAUGCUAAAGAUCUUGUUAGUCCCCCAGUACUAAAGCAAGUAAAGAACAGGGUAAUGCAUGAAAAAUAUAUCAAUCAAUUGCGCUGUAGGGAAUCUAGGAGAAGAGCAGACUCUACAAAAAGAAUUGGUGAAGGAAGAAGCAUUCAGAAAAAGGAUGUAGUUAAAGCUGCAAAAGUUGCCUUGGUUUCUGAAGCUAGAGAUGCUAUCAAUAAAUUUCAACAGUCGCAAGUCAAUUUGAUGGGCAACACUUGUAGUUCCGAUGAAGAUAACGAUGGCAUUGAAUUUGAAGAUGAAAGUCAAUAGGUUUUUCUCAUGUUUUAGUGAAAAGUAGACUAAUUGCAUGUACAGUAGCUUGACUUGCAGUUUUAGAAAUUGUAGUGUCCCUAGUCUAGUCGAAAACUAUUUUUCCAAAGAACAGAUUUUGUUGUAUUUUUAAUUUUUUAUGUAGGUGUAAUAAAAUGAGCAAUUCACCUUUCGUACUUUCAAUAUAUUCUGGCAUUGUUUUCUGCUUC